AGUCCAAUCCAAAUCCGUCAUUGAUCAUCGAGCGCGUUAAUAUUUUUGCUAGAGAUUUCGAUUUUUUCAUUUGAGUAACAUCUUUAAAACAAGCUCUUACAUUUAAAACUCUGCUAAAGGAUAGAUUCACUAAUCUAAAGCGAAGACUUAUACUCUUUCUCCGACACUUGUUUUAGUUGAUCAAGUAAAAAUGUCUCUUUACGGAUCUUUGAUGGCCGACGUGGAGGACGAUCCAUUCUUUGGAUCUCACAUGCGGCACAUCCGUCAAAUGAAUAACAUGAUGAACUCAAUGUUUUCGGAUCCAUUUGGCAUGCUUGGUGAUAGUCGUCUCUCCAUCAUGGGACCUCCACAUGGCAGCUCUCUUAUGCCUUUUAUGCCCCAAAUGCCUUCACUUAACAGAUUAUUCUCAGCAGAUCUGACAAACGCCGCCAUGGGAGCCAGCAGCUCAUUUAGCAGCAGCACUGUGGUCAUGUCAAGUGGACCUCAUGGUAAACCACAGGUAUACAGUUCAUCUAGCAGCACUAAGAUUGGACCAAAUGGAGUGAAGGAAACGCGCAAAACGCUUCAGGACUCACGUACUGGUGUCAAAAAGAUGUCAAUUGGUCACCACAUUGGAGAAAGAGCUCACGUGGUCGAGAGGGAACAGAACUAUUACUCGGGGGAUGCUGAAGAGAGGCAGGAGUACAUUAAUCUCGAGGAGGAUGAAGCCGAACAGUUUGACAGGGAGUUCCAAGAGCGAGCUGGCAUGAUGUCACGCUCUCGCGCGGCGAUUGCCCCCGCGCCAAGGCACGAGCCAAGACUGGCUUUGCCGGCGCCGCCUGCUGCCUCGCCCACCGCCGAGACCCGUCGUCACCGUCCUACAGCGAGAAGACCAAUCAGAACUUCCGCCAGCCCACUCACUCUGUCUUCAAGAUACUGGCGGAGGCGUUCCUACUUAUCCUAAUCUGUCCGCGAGGUGUACGGCGGCUCCCAUCCGCAGAGACACAGACACAAACACCACAAAACCCACUCACACAGACACACAACUGACAAUUAAACAACGACAAUGGCCUUGACACUUGACUCAACGCUUUGACAAUUGACAAGCGAAAACACCGUACUGUUGUCAUUACUAUGCAAACCAUAAUUUGACAUUUAUUUUUAACCUUUUUCGUCUUUUACCAUACUCACCCUGCAAGAGGCUUAGUCAAGAUUCCUUAACAGUAUGCAGAAAGUCGUGUCGAUAAAUUUUCAUACAAAUUUAGUUUGCGAUUUUCUACAUACACUAAUGUUAAGGCAUCUUGACCAAGACAAUUAUUUCACAACAAUGUCUGAACGUCUUCAGUGGACAUGUAUCAUGUUUCAAAGAAAAAUUCGACUUAUGGUUAUAUCUUGGGUCAUACAAAAUAUGUUAGGAAAAUAGUUUUUAGAAUUAUUCAUAGACGACAUGACGUAAGUGUGCAAGGCCAUUGAUAAGGAUAUGAAUCUAAAAUUGACAAAAUGUCUGACUACAAAGAGCCUAGUGUUAACUAGCUGCUACCCGCGACUUUGUGUGUUUAAAAAAAAUACUCACGAUUCUGUUGUACAUUUCUUAGUUAUAAAAUCAAAAUACAUCAAAUCGACUGAGAUUUAAAAAUACCUAUUUGUAAUACGAGUUGUAUCUCGUAUGUAAACCGUUCAAUUGAUUUUGAUGAGUUUUUGUUUAGUAAAAGUAUCACCAUAGCACCAUAGUAACGUACACGUAAAAUUAUUUUAAAUUACAUAUUUAUUUAUUUCUUUGUGAGCAUACAAAAUCGCGAGUUUCCAGUAGAAAAUAUUGACAUAAGUAUUUUAGUUUCCUUCAGUACACAAUUAUGAUAAUUUAAGUUUUAAUGUACCUUCUUGUGUUUUAAUAUAGAUAUGCUAGGUUCGAAUAAGCGGAAAUAAAUUUGUAGUUGAAUUGAGUCACAUGAAUGAACUGAAAAAUACAAUCUAACAAUCUGGCUUCGAUUCCCUGUUACUUGCUUUAAAUAAAAAAAAAAACAAAGUGUUGCUCUAUGCUCUAUUGGUUACGGGACUAAACAAUUAAUAUCUCUAAAAAAAUAAUCAAAUGGUUGUCAACUCUGCAUACAGAUAAUAGAGACGUGCAUUGUCUGUGAAAGGAAGAUAAGUUGCCAUGUGUCAAAAUUGUAAUUCAGUUCACGUGUUAAUGUAAGCAUAGAAAUAGGUUAGCGUAGUGUUAGCUUUUAUAAUACGCGGCACAAAACGGGUGCUGGACGCUUAUUUUGUUUAAGCCCAAUACAAAUAUAAGAGUGACUUAAUAUUUAUGGCCUUAAUAUCGAAAUUCGUAAAGAAUUCAUUGAACGAAUACGUAAUAUACGUUCACCGUUCUAGGGGUGUGUAAAAUGACAAUGACAUAUGACACGUUCUUUUGUCUGCCGUGCGUUUGUGAUUUGACAGACGUUACAUGACGUAUGACAAGGCGUUGGAGCGCGCGAAAACGAACUUUGUCUAAUGUCCAACUAUUUCGGUUACAUAAUUUGACAGAGAGAAGCCGCGAUACUUUAUCGUUAGAUUUUUUAGGGAGAUUUAUAACGAAUAGAAAAAUUAUCCCUAUUUGAUUUGCAAAGCUUUUGAUGAUAACAUAUGUCUAUUGAGUCACUCUUAUAUUUAAAUGGUAUUCGGGCAUUAAAGUUAUUUUUCCGGACUGUCGCAAAGCUAGGAUUGGACAGAUGAAAAUAGGUUUUUCUGUAAUUUGGUGUUAGUGUAUACCUGUCAUAUUAGAAAUAAAUUUGUGAACAUUG